CUGAUAUUUACGACGAGACCGGCGUUCAGCUCAAGCAAUACGGUUCGGCGUUGGAUACCGAAUGUCUUGGCGGUGGCAGAAUAAAUCAUAACCAACCGGAGAAGAAGAUUUUGGUUUAUGGAUACUCUCAGGGAUUUGGCAAAGCUGAUCACAAAAUUACGGUUGAUCUGCUCAAAAAAAAGUAUCCAGAAUAUAAUAUUACGUGGUCCGACGAAGGAUAUUGAAGCAGACUGUUUUAUUCUUUGUGACGAAGGAAAAACUUAUCGUUCGUUGUACCUCGGAAAUUGUGGUUCUGGAAUUGGCUGUAUUUGUUACAAAAAAAUGUAUUGUUGUGCUAUUGUACGAAAUAAAAGCUUUUCAAUACUUUCAA